UUCGCUAAUCCGCUCAAGUUUUCUCUCGGCCGCGCGCGCUGUUACAUUGGCAGCAGAGCAGAGCGCCUCAGGAGAUUCAGCUUCUCUCGUGCACACGCACACACAGAGCAGCAGGGUACUACAGUCUACAGCCCACUGAUCCAUCCACUCUGUCUGGUCCUCUUGCCCCCAUGAAUGCAUGAGAUGCCGGCCAGCCAGAGGUUCCUUUUCUUCCUCGUCGCCUUCCUCCUCCUGGGGGCGACGGCGGCGGCCGGAGGGGACGGCCACGCCGCCGGCACGACCGAGGCGGCCGCGGAGGCGCGCUCGCCCGACGCGGCGUUCGACGUGCGGGCGAGGAAGUGGUGGCCGCGGGUCCCGGCGACCACGGACGGCCUCGUCAGGGGCAGCGAGCGCCGGGUGCCCAACUCCUCCGACCCGCUCCACAACCGCUGACGUGAUUACACCACCGCUGCCUGCUCCCGUGCCAUCCGAUUCUUGGCGCUCCCGCGUCGCCCAUGCUUGGAUCGUGGCUGCCGAAUGUGGCGGCGCUCUGCUAGAUCAGAGGCCCAAGAUGCGUAUACAAAUGUAGCUCAUUUUGCUUUUUGUUGGCUCCGGUGUUUUGUAAUGAGAAAUUGAUCGGCGUUUUGCCGACCUGUGCAUACACAUUUCACAUUUUCCUUCUUCUUAG